AUGAAUCUUAUUCGAGUUAGUCGCCCAACAACUUUAGCUUGCACUAGUCUGAUUCUGAUCAGCAGUCAGAUGAAAUCAUUUCACGCUCUGCCCAUGUUCACGCCGAAUGCUCAUGAGCUUAUACCGGGCCAUGGGGUGGUCCCAAUGGGAUUUAUUCAUAAUCCUCCAUCCGAACCUGGCUUACCGCUUGGGACCGUAUUAGGUGUUCCGGCCAUACCUCCUCCCGCUAGCCCUGUAAUUCCUACGACGCCCGUGACAGUUUCGCAUAUAAUUUCACAAGAUGGAGCGCACGUCUACUUAACGUCGCCAGUAAUAGCAUCACCUGGCGUAGGUUUAGCCCAUUUACCACCCGCACAUCCGAUGACAUUACCGUUGCAAUCAUAUCCACAUCCAGCUACAAUUGCCUUGCAGCCACUUACACAUCCAGAAGCAAUGGCCUUGCCGACAUAUCAGCCAGCCAUGAGCUUUUUACCGCAUCCAUCAGCAGGGGUACCCUUUCAACCAUGGGGAUCAACAGGGGUUCCUCAUCAUUGGACCGAGCAGUUUGCUUCGGGUGGUUGUUUAGGAACUCCGACGGAUUCAAGUUGGUCUCGACGGUUUCCCGGAACUAGACGGCCCUUGUCAGGUUUUAAUAAGCAGGACAAAGUCAAGAAAGCAGGGAAGGAAGAAAGCCAAGGAGAGAAUAUAACAAAUUUAGACCGAUCAUCUCCAUCAGAAACCUCACCCCAAAAAGCAGAGACACCAAGCACAGAUCAAAUAACGUCAUCAGGAACCUCAGCACAGGAGAAGAACCCAGUUGAAGUAUCUCCACCUGAGACUUCACCCAUUAGGGCUGGACGAAGAUUCCGGAAUAUCAGGGCUAGGAAACUUUUGGCCAAUUCAAAUGAACAUGAGAGAUCAAGAAGCGAAUACUCUUCUCAUGAGCAAGGAAAUAAAUCAUUGGACCGCACUGGAUCUAGUACCAGUGAGUCAAAGGAAGAAACGGCGGUGAAAGACGAGUUGAGACGCGAUCUUAUUCCCGGUGCCAUUCCAGAGAAUGGUAACCGAGCCGUGAAGAAUGAGACAAUCUAA